AAUCAUUCUCUUCUACUGCAAACAAUGCUGCUGUGUAUGAUGAUAAUGUUCUGGCCAGAAAAAAUUGAACACACUGUAUAACAGGUCUCUCACGCGUGCUGGCGGUUUCGUGUUCUCCGAUUUCUCAGUGCGUUGCCGGUGGUAUCAAGAUACAAGACAUUAAUAUAGUACCUGCAAGCUUGCUACGGUGCGAGGUAAUUUUACGCGACUUUCCUCUAUGUUGGUUCAGUUUGCUUGAUUUCAAGCGGUGUUAAGUCGUCGCUUAUCAUUUUAUCUAAUCUAAUAUCUAAAAGUCUUGGCUGUAGCUGAAGAUUUUGUAAAAGAGUUUCCGUAGACUUUCACGAAGGACUGUUCAGUCUUAAAGAUUAUCUAAUGUUGGCUUAGAUGUGAAAUAAGGAUAACUCGAAGAUGGUCAAAAAUUGAUAAUACAAGUAUUCUACAAGACGUGUGCAUUGACAAUGAAUGCUUGAAAAAAGGUGUCAACUUCCCAUAAGUGAAAUCUUUAACAGAUCUAUCUGCCAACAUGGCUUCAGCUGGAUGGCUAAUUCUUAACGCCAUUAGAAUAUAUUGGAAGACGAUUUUCAUUAUAUUAUACCCAUUAGCUCUACUUCCAGUGUUUCUAUUUGAUAAUGUAGCUGCUCUAAGAUGUCUUUACGUUGUACUGUUAAUGGCCGGCUAUUGGGUUUCCGAAGCCCUUCCGCUUCCAGUCACAUCGCUGAUACCAAUGGUGCUUUUUCCAUUAAUGGGGGUAUUAGAUUCGGACAAGGUAUCACUAUGCUAUCUAAAAGAGACUAAUAUGAUGUUCGUUGGAGGCUUAAUCAUAGCCAUUGCAUUAGAGCAUUGUAAUUUACACAGAAGGGUAGCACUAUAUGUUAUUAAACUGGUGGGUUGUAGCCCCAGAAAACUGAACUUAGGUCUGGUUACAGUGACAAUGUUGGUUUCUAUGUGGAUUUCUAAUACUGCAGCUACAGCGAUGAUGAUACCGAUAAUUGAAGCAACACUGAUCGAACUGGAGGAACAGGGAAUUGGACAGAUGUUUGAAACUCCAUCAUUUUUAGACGGCGCUUCUUCGGAAAAAAUGAGAAGUGCAGACGAAGAGGAUGAAGAAGAUCCAAAGAGACCAACCAAAGAAACUAUGUGCUACUUCGUGUCAACCGCUUAUGCUGCUUGUAUAGGAGGAAACGGAUGCAUCAUUGGAAGCGGAACAAAUCUAACAUUUAAAGGUAUCUACGAAACAAGAUUUGACAACAGUCCUGGAGUAGAGUUUGCCAAGUGGCUCUUUGUCAAUGUGCCAAUGAUGUUGAUUAUGAUGUAUCUAACAGUUAUUUGGCUCCAGUUUUGGUACAUGGGACUUUUCCGACCGAAAUCUGCAGACGCUAAGAGACUUAAUGUUGGAAAGCAAAAUGAAACUGUGGCCAGAAAGCUAAUAGGAAGAAAACUGACUGAAAUGGGUCCCAUGUCUUUCCAUGAAACAGCCGUUGGUUGUCUAUUUGUACUUUCUGUGCUAUUGUGGUUCUUCAGAAAGCCCCAAUUUAUAGUAGGCUGGGCUGAAUUGAUCACGCAGCAUAAAGUCAAAGACGCAACUGCAGCUUUAAUAGUCGUGCUCUUAUUGUUCGUGAUCCCUUCAAGCCCCGACUUCAUUUACAUGUUCAGCAAGGAUGAGGAGAAACGACCAAAAGCUGCAUCUCAUGCGCUUCUCACUUGGAAAGUGGUCCAACAGAAAUUGCCCUGGGGCCUGAUUUUCCUACUUGGAGGUGGUUUUGCGCUAGCUGAAGCUUCGAAAGUGAGCGGCAUGAGCCAGUUAAUUGCUGAUCACCUUCACGGCUUUGCAAUGUUACCCCGUUUCUGGGUGAUGGUGAUUUCCUGUCUUUUUGCAACCUUCAUCACUCAGUUUACAGGGAGCAACGUUGCGGUUGCUAACGUGUUUCUACCAGUUUUGGCGGAAAUGUGUUUAGUUGCUAAAAUUCAUCCUAUGUAUCUUAUGAUGCCAGCGACCCUCAGCUGCUCGUUUUCUUACUGUCUUCCGAUAUCAACACCUCCAAUGGCUAUAGCAGCCGCUCCAUGCAAUAUGCGUUCGACCGAAAUGGCCAAAGCUGGCUUGGGAGUCGCUAUUAUUUCACUUGCCACCUUGUUUGCUGUGUUUCCAUUUUUGGGUAGCUACAUUUGGAACUUUGACACAUUUCCCGAAUGGGCCAAUUGAACAGCUUACUGUUCGGAAAUAUUAUUUUGUAUUUUCAAUAAUUUACACGGGAGUAAGCCAUCAUCAUUGUACUGACAAAGUUCGAAUAGAUAAUGGACAUUUCGACAUAUAGGGGAAACUAUUAUGGCAUAAAUAUUGUGUACGUGCCUACAUCAACGCUUUAGACUGAUUUGAACAUGUUGCGAGUGUUUUAGUGUUAAUGUUUUUUACUCCCAAAAAAUUUGAAAAUGUGAUAAAAUAACAUAUACUAGAUAAGCUAAGAUAAGACGUAAGUCCGACAAUCAAGCUUCUGUGACUUGAAUUUACGAUAAACUUGAAUAAAGGAAGUUUUAUUCCGA